GCAGAAAUUCCGCACCAUGAGGACCAAGUACCAGGACUUGAAGCGUAUGAACGAUGCUUCGCGCUACUACGGAAAGUACGUUGGUCGGCCCAGGUGGCGCUACUACGAUCUCAUGGACGAGUUCUUGCGAGGGAACGAAGACGCUCCGAACCCUGCACCCUCCGAGACACCAGUCAUGGUCAUCUCAAACAUCUGCUCUGUUGCGGAACAGGCCCCUGCUGUUGCAGGCACUCAUGGUGAAGGCUUAAUAGACCCAGAAGUGAGAAUAAAGCAAGAGCCCCAGCACGACGAAGAGGUGUCGUGGGACGCGAACGACAGCGUCGAAGGUCAGCUGGACGGCGAAUCGUCGGGCGGCAACCAGGCCCCUGGGCGAGUGCACGACUGGAAGGCGACGUCAGAGGACACUGCGGAUGCGUCGAUGGCGAGCAGCUCAGCGCCUCCCGUUGCCGCCGGGUCGCAGCAGGACGCGUUCCACUACUUCGGUAUGAUGGUCGCCGACAGGCUGCGUCGGCUACCAAGGGGCGUGUCCCUCCGAGCCCUGAACGCCAUGCACCAAGUGCUCUUCGAACACGAAAUGGCGGCCGAUUCCUGAGCCAGCUGCCAGCGCAGCCGUCUUACACUGUAUUCAAAAUGCGAAACGCAGAAGAAGACAACAGACCAAAAGGAAGACACA